AUGAUUCUCCGUUUUAGAUCAAAACAGGGAAUGUUUCGUAUUUCUGUAGAUCCUUCACAGGAUUUUGCAGUGGUUGUAGAAGAAUUGUUAGGAAAAAUUGGCUGUAAAGAUGCUGGUGAAGUUCUUUUAAGUGAACAGCCAACUUCUGGUGGGGCCAGUAGAACAGCACAGAGUUUGAUUGGUCAAAGAGUUGACCAAUUGGGCUUGAAGAAUGGUGAUAUGUUAUUUGUAACAGUCAAUUCAUCAGAAGGGUCCAAUCCAGCUACAACAACUACUACCUUAAAUAACACUUCUAAUAACCAACCAAUUGUUGGUGGAACCGUUUCUGGCUCGAUAAGCAUCAAGGGGACCAUCCCUUCAUUAAAUACCACCACAACCAGUCGUAAACCAGUUCAACAACUCCCAGUGGACACUCUUUUGGAUGGCAAGGAUGGACGUAUCAAACGUUCCAGAUCAUACAUGUGCCGUCAUGGAGAUAAAGGGAUGUGUGAAUAUUGUCUGCCUCUUCCUCCAUGGGAUAAAGGAUACCGUGAAGAACAUGGAUUUAAACAUAAAUCAUUCCAUGCACACGUUGCUGAAUUGAACGAGCAAAAGAAUAAUAAACACAAUGCCACGUCAUAUAUGGCUCCCUUGGAAGAACCCGAUUAUGUCACUACAAUUGACCCACGUACUGGGGUUCGCACUGGGCCCACAGUAGUCACUCUUCAACAACAACAAUUCCGUAUGGUUGAUCAUGUAGAAUUGGCAGAUUCCCAAAUCAUGAAUCAGUUUAUUGAUGUGUGGCGACAAACCGGAGUGCAAAGAUUUGGAUAUAUGUAUGGAAGAUAUGAAGAAUAUCCAGAAGUUCCACUUGGUGUGAAGGCUGUGGUGGAAGCCAUUUAUGAACCUCCACAAGCUGGAGAAGUGGAUGGAUUAACUUUAUUGGAGUGGACCAAUGAAAAGGCGGUGGACCAAGUAGCAGAAGCUCUUGGUCUCAUGAGAGUAGGUAUAAUUUUCACUGACUUGACGGAUCUGGGAAUGAAAAAUGGAACAGUCUUGUGUAAAAGACAUAAGGAUACCUAUUUCUUAUCGUGUCUUGAAAUCAUGAUGGCUGGAAGAAAUCAACUUUCUCAUAAGAACGCCACAGUUCACAGUGCUAGUGGUGAAUAUCUGUCUAAAUUUGUUACAUGUGUCAUAUCUGGUGGUAUUCAUGGAGAAAUUGAACCAAGAUCAUAUCAAGUUUCUGUUGCUGGUGAAGCUCUUGUUAGAGCCGAUAUUAUCACCGGUACUACCCAACCUUCCAUCCUCCAUAUUAAUGAUAGUGCGCCAGGCCGCAUUGUUCCAGAUGUAUUCUAUUCCAAGAUAAAUGAAUAUGGCCUUGAAGUGAAAACAAAUGCUAAGCCAUCAUUCCCAGUGGAAUUUCUUCUUGUAUCACUUCUGGAUUCUUUCCCCAAGGAGCCAAAACCUCAGUUUAAUCUGAAUUUCACAAUUGAAAACCGUGAUUUCAUGGGUGAACUCCAAGAAUUGAAGGCUGCGUAUAGAUUCCUCAACAGUGAUGUUGUUGGAGAUGGUUCUCAAUUAGUUGAUUUCCACUUUUUGGUUUAUCUUCUUACCAAAUUAGAUAUUCUUGGUGACUCAGAGGCUCAAUUAUUGUUAACAUUUGCUAGAGACAGACAGUACGAAGAUUACUUACGAUUAGUUGAGAGUCCUGGGUGGAUGACAUUGGUGACUAUCUUGGAACAAAGUACUUAG